GCCAGGUUGUACAUAACAAAGAAGGAGCCAAUUGAAUUGAAGGAAUCAAAGCUAUUUUCCAUUUUUAAAUAUUAUUCCUUCCAUUGAUUUUUUUUUUUUUUUUCCAUUGACUUUUUAAAAUUCAGGGCUCAGAAGAAUUAGUUCUCCUCUCUUUCUCUCUGGUUUUUCACUGUUUGUUUGAUCUUUGUUCCCUCUUAUUAUUGUUUGAUCUUUGUUCCCUGUUAUUGUGAGCGAUCCGUGGGUUUGGAGCCAUGGCAUCGGCUUCUCAAGAUGCCAUGAACAAGAUGCAGGUUCGCCAGAGUUACAGGAAUCUAUGGCAUACAGAUCUCAUGAGCACCAUGCAGGCCGAUCUUCCCUAUUGCUGCUUUGCGCUGUGGUGUGCUCCAUGUGCAUCAUACUUGCUUCGCAAAAGAGCUCUCUACAAUGAUAUGACAAGAUAUGUAUGUUGUGCUGGAUACAUGCCUUGUAGUGGAAGAUGUGGAGAAAGCCGCUGUCCAGAAUUUUGUCUAUGCACUGAGGUCUUCCUUUGUUUUGGGAAUUCUGUAGCCUCAACUCGAUUUCUGUUGCAAGAUGAGUUCAAUAUCCAGACAACACAAUGCGACAACUGCAUUAUUGGAUUUAUGGUAUGCCUCCAACAACUUGCCUGCAUAUUCUCAAUUGUUGCGAUGAUUGUAGGAAGUAGUGAAAUUUCAGAGGCAUCACAGUUGCUGAAUUGUUUGGCAGACUUUGUUUACUGCACGGUUUGCGCAUGUAUGCAGACCCAGCACAAGGUUGAGAUGGAUAAGAGAGAUGGUGUCUUUGGGCCACCAGGCGUGAUGGCUGUGCCCCCAAUGCAACACAUGUCACGUUUAGAUCAGCCUGUUCCUCCACCUGUUGGCUACCCUCCUCCCUACCCUGCACCACAACCCUACCCUGCACAACCAGCCUAUGGCCAGCCUUACGGAUACCCUCCUCCUCAGGGCUACCCACCUGCUGGUUAUCCCAAAUGAUUGUUUGCAUUACAAGCUGGAUUCUUCAAGACCUUCCCAACAAAAGUUUCGGUUGCCUCAUUUUGUUCAGUUUGAAUUUGAGGAAACCGUUUGAUGGUGGUUCUUUGGACACCAAAAUUUCUGCUGGUUUACAUAUUUGUGGUUUCUACAAUGUGGCAGUUAUGAAUGUUCCGAACAUACUCUUGGGACUUGAUCAUGGUUUAGUGAGCAUUAGAAACUUGGGAAUGUGACAGCAAAUGUGCUAGUGUGAGGAUUAUUAUACAGGCUAUAUGUCUAAAGAGUGGACGUUAAGUGUUAUUGCUGCGAACAUGAUGCAUUUAUAUAGUGUUUAUUUGCAUGUCCA